AGGUGUUGCUUUGAAAUAGAACUAUUUAUCUGAAAACACAGUAAUCCGUGAAACAGGACAGUCCAAACUUUGGUGAGAGGACACCAAAGCCUUUUGAACACCAAAACCAAGAGAAAGACAGGAUGAGCACUUCAGGAAAAGUGAUUAAAUGCAAAGCUGCCGUGUCAUGGGGCCUGAAUCAACCCUAUUCCAUUGAGGAUAUAGAAGUUGCUCCACCGAAAGCCUAUGAAGUUCGAAUUAAGAUUUUGGCUACAGGCAUAUGUCGCACGGAUAACAAUGGGACCACGGGAGUCAUGCCUGCUAAGUUUCCAGUAAUUGGAGGACAUGAGGCAGUUGGAAUUGUAGAAAGUAUUGGAGAAGGAAUAACCACAGUAAAACCAGGAGACAAGGUCAUCCCACUUGCUGUCCCACAGUGUGGAAUUUGCUCUGCCUGCAUAAGCCCCAAGUCCAAUUACUGUGAGAAGACUGAUAUUACAGGUAGGGGAGUAUUGUCUGAUGGCACUAGCAGAUUUACCUGUAAAGGGAAACCUGUGUACCACUUCAUGAACACCAGUACCUUCACUGAGUACACAGUGGUGGAGGAAAGUUCAGUUGUGAAAAUUGAUGCUGCUGCUCCUCCUGAGAAGGUGUGUUUGAUGGGUUGUGCAUUCUCUGCUGGAUAUGGGGCUGCAAUCAACACUGGCAAGGUCACCCCUGGAUCUACUUGUGCCGUCUUUGGGCUGGGAGGAGUUGGCCUCUCAGUUAUUAUAGGAUGUAAAUCAGCCGGUGCUUCCCGGAUCAUUGGAGUUGACAUCAACCCCCGCAAAUUUGAGAGGGCCAAGGCUGCAGGAGCCACUGAGUGCAUCAACCCUAAGGAUUAUACAAAGCCAAUCAGUGAAGUCCUGAAGGAAAUGACUGACAAUUCUGUGGAGUUCACCUUUGAGGCCGUCGGACACCAUGAUACCAUGGUUGAUGCCCUGGCUUCUUGCCAUAUGAACUAUGGGAUCAGCGUGGUAGUUGGAGAUCCUCCAGCAUCUAAAAUGCUCACCUAUGAUCCCAUGCUGGUGUUCACUGGACGCACCUGGAAAGGAUGCAUUUUUGGUGGUUGGAAAACUAGAAAUGACCUCCCAAAACUAGUGUCUGACUACAUGGCAAAGAAAUUUGACUUGGACCCCUUAAUAACUCAUGUUUUACCUUUUAAUAAAGUCAAAGAUGGAUUUGAUCUGCUCAACAAAGGAGAAAGCAUUCGAACAGUCCUGACUUUUUGAACUUGGAAGUGAUAGGAGAUACCUGUGGAUCCAUCAGGAGUCUCUUUCUCUGAUGUUUCACUUUCGUAUAAUAUCCAUAGAGCAUGUAUGGUUCUUUCAUGUAGGUAAUUCACAAGACAGAAAUUAAGUAUGUUAGAACAGAUAAAAGCAAUUUCUUAAAUUAGGGAUUAACAGGGUCACUAACAUAAUUUAAUUUACCUGGGGUAGUAAUGGGGUGCUACUGGCAAUAUUAGUAUUGUUGGUGUUUAAUCUAAAGAAAGUGAUUUAUAUUGGACUAUACAGAUCAACAGAAAGAUACAAGCUCUUCUUACUUUUUAAUGAAGUGGAAAUUUUGAGGAAAAUGAUAAUAUCCAUGAAUAAAAUUAAUGAGAGCAUAAAGGACAACUCCUUCUAGGAUUCUAAUCAUCUAUUUCAAAUGAACUGGACAACACAUAUGGGAUGGUGUCAUUGUAAUACCUGAAACCAGAUAUUAUCUUUAUUGUGAAGGAUUGACAAUUAAGCUCUUAUAAAGUCUUUUCAAAUUAUAUUUUCAAAACAUACAUAUACAUAUACAAAUGUAUUACAUAUAUUUACAUAUGUAUGAAUAUAUACAUUAUGUAUACUAGAUAAAAAGUCUAAAUCUGCCAUUGUCUUUGUCUUAUUCCAUUAUGUAUCUAAGAAUCUGUAUACUUUUUAGCACCUCUUUAAAAAACAAAUUGAAUUCAUAAAAUAAAGUAGUUCAUUUUUCAUAUGAUACAGUUUGCCUGCUUCAAUUGAGAAAUAUAAAUGUAUAUCUUAAAGUACAUCAUUCAUUUCAAUUCAACAAGCAUUUAUCUAGUAUGUCUUGUGUACCAUGCCCUCUUCUAUGCACUAGGAAUACAAAAGCAAAAAACAAGGAUAAUAAUAAUAAUUUCUACCUUCAAGGAUCUGGCAGUAAUUUUAUAUAUUUUUUAAAUUCAUUUCAAGAAACAUUGUCAAAUAAUUUGAUGGAAAUUUUAAAAUGGAUGUGCAAUGAGAGAAGAGAUUAUUCAAAGACUGAGUAUCAACGUUUAGGGGAAAAUGUGCAUUUUUGCAAUUUUGAGUUGAAUAAUAAAAACAUAUUUGGAA